AUGAUUGGAGGAUUGUUGAUGCCAGACAAAUCCAAUAAUCGUGUACAUUUAAAAUAUCUUUCACUUUUGGGCGAUUUAAAUAAAGCAUCCCACUAUAGUUGGGGUUCGGCAGUUUUAGCAACACUCUAUAGAGAACUAUGCCUUGCUACGAAACCCAACGUAAUGUCGAUGGGAGGAUGUGCGUUGUUGUUGCAAAACUGGGCAUGGUAUCGUUUGAGUUGUGUUGCUCCAGAUGCACCAAGUGCAUGGAUAUUUCCACUUGCACAAAGAUUUAAUUCCGGGGGUUUAAAUUUCACUAAAGUUCCUCACAACGAUAUAGAAGGAUACCGGAAUACAAUCGAUCAUAUGAUGGUUCAAGAAUUUCGUUGGAGACCGUAUCUCGGAUUCCAACACGAGGUACCCGAACAAGAGAUCAUCACUUGGGCUGCAUGUACCUAUCUGCACUGCUGUCAUAUCGUCGAAAAACAUCAUGCAGAUAGAGUCGCGCUUCAGUUCGGCUUUCAUCAACAAAUUCCGCAACCUCCAGAAGAUAUGACGCUCUACCAUGAGAUCGACAUGAGACGUGACAUUGAUGAUAAUUGGAGUGUGGUUUG